UGGGCUCAGGAGCCUCGGUAUCGAAUCCGUAUGAAGCGAUGGCGCGGCUUGUGCUUCUUCUAUUGGCCUUAGUCGUGUCAGUGCACGCCAGACGAGACGUGGAUAGUGAGGCCACCUCGCUGAUCCAAGACUCGGCGGCGCGGGCCCCGAGAAGCGCCCGGCACGAGGCCUCGAAAACCGUCGAAGCGAAGACGGAGGUCUCUGCGACGUCCGCGUCGAAUUCUUCUUCUUGGGCGGCGGUGAUGUCGCUUUUCCAGGUCAAGCAGCAGCCCCAGAAUCAGAAGGAGUUGGCCAAUUUCAUCGCAAAGAACUUGGUGAGCUUCUGAGGGGCGGGCCGACGCGCUGAAGCGGGAGCGCUUCCCGGUGACAUUGCCACAGCAA